CCUUUUUUUUUUCGGCGACUUUUUGGUCUUCCUCUUCUUGCUACCGCCUCGAACCUCCCACACGCUUGCUAGCCCUGUCUUUUCUUCUGUUGCUCCUCCCCGGCCGCCGCGCCUGGGGUUUAGAUUGCAAUCCGGAUCCGGAGCCAGGCCUAGCCCUUCCGCAGGCCGCUACCUGCUUUUGGCUGGGGCGAAAGCUACUACCGUGCGCGCCAGACCCUCGCUGCUCCGGCCUUGGAGCUUCUGGGCGGGCAGUGCCGGUUGGCCCUGCUUAGACUUCCCCAAGGACACCUGUGAGUUAGUGGGUUUCGGAAAAGGACGCAACCCUUAGGCCCAGGUCGGGGGGGGCGGGGCUCGGGGAACUUUUCCUGAAACCGCACUUUUAUGUUUGCGUGGGAAGUUCCGGCAUUAUUUCUUAGACGUCCCCGACAUAUGGGCGUCCCUCAAGCUGUUGCACUUUUUGAAGAAUCUUAGGACCGCUUACUUUUUCCACUCGUUUCCCUUCCUCGCGCCCCGUUCUCAGUCUAGGACCAUAAGAGAAAGACUGUCUUGGGACCUCUGCAUGGUGUUUCAAAGGGUGGUGAAAAACUAAGGUAGAAGAAUACAUGUUCACUUUUAGUGAACAAGAGCAUGUUCCCAAACUCAAUUUUGGGUCGCCCGCCUUUCACCCCAAACCAUCAACAACAUAACUUCUUUGCCCUCUCGCCAACUCUUUAUUCACACCAGCAGCUUAUAGAUGCACAGUUUAACUUUCAGAAUACAGAUUUGUCAAGAGCUGUGUCUUUACAGCAGUUGACGUAUGGAAAUGUCAGUCCAAUACAGACCUCGACAUCUCCGUUAUUUCGAGGAAGGAAGAGAUUAAGCGAUGAAAAAAACCUUCCUCUUGACGGUAAACGGCAACGUUUCCAUUCACCCCACCAAGAGCCAACUAUAGUUAACCACAUAGUGCCUUUAUCAGGUGAAAGAAGAUACUCAAUGCCGCCAUUGUUUCAUACACACUAUGUACCAGAUAUAGUCAGAUGUGUUCCACCUUUUCGAGAAAUACCAUUUUUAGAACCUAGAGAAAUCACACUGCCUGAGGCCAAAGAUAAGUUGAGUCAGCAGAUACUGGAGUUAUUUGAAGCAUGUCAGCAGCAAGUAAGUGAUUUAAAGAAGAAAGAACUAUGUCGAACACAGCUACAGAGAGAAAUUCAGCUGUUAUUUCCACAAAGCAGGCUUUUUUUGGUUGGGUCCUCUCUAAAUGGAUUUGGUACCCGGAGCAGUGAUGGUGAUUUAUGCUUAGUUGUUAAAGAAGAACCAUGUUUUUUUCAGGUAAAUCAGAAGACUGAAGCACGGCACAUACUCACCUUAGUCCAUAAACACUUCUGUACUAGACUUUCUGGCUACAUUGAGAGACCUCAGCUGAUUCGAGCAAAAGUGCCAAUUGUGAAGUUCAGGGAUAAAGUCAGUUGUGUGGAAUUCGACUUGAAUGUAAACAAUAUUGUUGGAAUAAGAAACACAUUCCUUCUCAGAACUUAUGCAUACCUUGAAAAUCGAGUUCGUCCAUUAGUACUGGUGAUUAAGAAGUGGGCGAGUCACCAUGAAAUAAAUGAUGCCAGUCGUGGUACUUUAAGCAGCUAUAGUCUUGUAUUGAUGGUUUUGCACUAUUUACAAACCCUACCUGAACCCAUCCUUCCAUCCAUCCAAAAAAUUUACCCAGAAUCUUUUAGUCCAGCUAUACAGCUGCACCUUGUACAUCAAGCUCCAUGUAAUGUUCCUCCUUACCUCUCAAAGAAUGAAUCAAAUCUUGGGGACCUCUUACUGGGCUUUCUUAAAUAUUAUGCUACAGAAUUUGACUGGAACAGUCAAAUGAUUUCAGUUCGUGAAGCCAAAGCCAUUCCCAGGCCUGAUGGUAUUGAAUGGAGAAAUAAAUAUAUCUGUGUAGAAGAACCUUUUGAUGGAACAAAUACAGCCAGAGCUGUGCAUGAAAAGCAGAAAUUUGACAUGAUCAAGGAUCAAUUUUUGAAGUCUUGGCACAGAUUGAAAAACAAAAGAGAUUUGAACAGUAUACUACCUUUAAGAGCUCCUGUCCUGAAAAGAUAACUGGCCUCUAUUUCUUAAUAAAAUCUUCUGAGAAAUAAAGAACAAUGGUAACAUCAUAAUGCAUUUUGUUUACCUCCAUCAUGGUUUCUUUUUAAUUGUUCUUGUUUUCAUGUUUUAUUUUUAAGAGGACAUACUUAUAUAAAGAUUGCAUAUUUUAUUAUGACAUUUCCUAAUAAAACCCUUUGAUUUAAAGAUGUAUUUUUGAAAAUGUUUACAUUGAUUAGUAAUAUUAUGGCAUGACUUUUCAGGAGAUCAGAUAAAAUAUUUUUUGGGGGAAUUAUCUGAACAAAUAAAAGUCUUUUGAUAAAACUUCAAUUAACAUACCACAUGCUAAUACUGAAGAGAUGUGUAGAAUUUUGGAAAGGGACUGAUUAAUACAUACUUAAUGUAUAACAUAAAAUAGAUAGUUUGUUGCCUCUCUGUUCUAGUAAAGUGAAGAUUCAAGCCAGUUGUUCAGUUACUUGAAGCAAAAUGAAAUCUGUUAUUUCACUGAAAUCAUUGUAAAGGCAUGAAAUACUGGACAAUUGCCUUAAGUCUUCACUUGACUCACCAGGAUAGACUGAGGCUUUGGGUGUGUCUGUAUUAGCAUUUCAUUAGUACCUCACGUGUUUUUGAUGUACUCUUGAGAUUGCUUUAAAUUUUUUGUUGAAAAACAGUACAUUUUGCACUGUAGUAAUAAGAGCACUAACUCUGUAUUGUUCAGCAGUUAGUAAAUUGUUUUAAAGAAUUAGUUCAUUGUAGACAUUUUGAAAAGAUUAUAAGUCCCCUGUGCUUUAUGAUAGUUUAGUGCAUUGUGCACUUUUACUUUAUUUCAUGUUUUCUUGCCUUUUAUUUUCCCUGUGACAUGAAGCAACAGAAACUGAAAGAUCAAAGUUGAGAUUAUAUCCUAUUGACAGUAUCAGACUUUUUCUGUAUACAAUUAUAGGAUUGUAAUCUAAACUGGAAUUUUUAGGCAGUAAGCCACUAUGAAAUGUUUUAGGUAAGACAUAAAAUUAUUAUAAAUGAAAGCUUAAUGUUUGUAAAGAUGACUUUUUUAGUAUUUUUUUUCCCAUAUGAAGAAGUAGUGGUGGCUGCUAAAAGAAAAGCUACAGUGUUUAUUAAGGUUUUUUUGGUUGAUGUAAAUAUUUGUAAAUUGGUCAGUGCCUGUACAUUUAAAUAUGAAAAAUAAUCUUGAAAACAAUUUUAACUUUUUCAGAAAAACUAUGUACAACUUCUUUUACACCUGCUGUAGUACAAUUUGUACCUCUAAUGUAUUUAGGUUUUUUGCAGACCAAUUCAAAUGCUAAGACUUUUGCUUUUCUUUGACUUGUAAAGGUGCAUAUUUUCAUUUUCUUCUUUAAGUUUAAAUUUUUGUAUGAUGUCAUAUGGAAUAAAGUUUAUAUAUGGAAA